UUUCCUGAAUAAAUUAAAAUGGAAUCGGUAAAAAAAGUAACCUAAGAUAAGAAAUGUUUGGAAAUAAUUUUUUGAAAUUGUGUUCUUUACAUGGCUUUUUGAUGAUUAAUAUAAUUUAUAUGGGAUGCAGCAACAAUGAAAUUAAUAUAGGAUACAGUGCAGAGGACCAAAACUUCAAAACCAACAAGAGAAUAAUAGGAGGAAUCAAUGCAGAAAAAAAUGAGUUUCCAUGGCAAGCAAUGUUAAAAUGGAAUGUUGGAAAAAUGAAAGAUGAACUUGUAUGUGGUGGAUCACUUAUUGAUAGUAGAUUUGUAUUAACUGCAGCCCAUUGCUUUAUUCAUAGUAUGAAAACUGAACACUAUUAUGUUAUACUAGGAGAGCACCUUCAAAGUGAAAAUGAAAAUGAACAAAGAAUUGAUAUAAAAACAAUAAUUAUUCAUCAAAAUUUCAACGAAAUUACAUAUAACAAUGAUAUAGCAUUAGUAGAACUUUUAUCACCAGCUAUAAUUAAUGACUCUGUCAAUGUAAUUAGUCUACCAGCAUUCACUAAUAUUGAAAGACCAAAUAAAAUGUGCACUGUUACUGGAUGGGGUCAAACAAAAAAUCAAAAUAAAGCUGAAAUUCUACAAAAAGUUAAUGUACCAAUUGUUAAUUUUGCAACAUGCAAUGGUCCUCUAUCAUAUAAAAAUAAGCUUACAAGUAAUAUGUUUUGUGCUGGUUAUAUAAAUGGUAAUUAUGAUGCAUGUGAGGGGGAUUCGGGGAGUCCACUUCAAUGCAAGAAUAAUGAUGGUGUAUGGUUAUUACAUGGAAUUACAAGUUGGGGGAUUGGAUGUGGAAAGCCUCAUAAAUAUGGCGUAUAUGUGAUUGUAAGACACUAUUUAGCAUGGCUCAAAAGUAUUAUUAAAUAUGAAACACUAAAAUGAAAUAAAAACUUUUUAUUAAAACAAGAUUAAAAAACAUUUAAAGAAAAUGUAUACUUUUAUUAUUAUUAAGUAUACAGAUCUAUAUACAUUUUAUAUAUAAAAUGCAAUGAAGGAAAGCUAAUUUGUAACAACUUAUUUUAUAUAUAAAUGUAGUAGCUAUAAAUAAAAAAUAGAACAUUU